AUGGACGCGCUGCCGCUGCGGGACCUAUUGGACGCGUCAAGCCAUGGCCUGUGGGAUGGAAGAAUCGUAGCGACGGCAAUAUGUCUCAUACUUGCUUGGCUGGUGUAUCUCCUGGUUCGGACAGAUCCUGAACACGGUGUCGAUUUUUCUCUCCCACCGCCUGAGCAAGCGAAGAUUGGCUGGCAGGGAAAGGAGCUUCCAAGCCCGUCCAUCAAGGUGACCGGCUCAAACGCUAUACAAUGCUACGCUCCUGCCACUGGACAGUUGAUCUCCCUCAUCAACCCUGCCACACCGGACAAGAUCGAUCGGUUGAUCGUUCGCGCCGCCGCCGCACAAUCGACAUGGAGCAAAACGACUUUCGCUCAACGUCGUAAGGUGCUGAAGACUCUUCUAAAGUUCAUACUCGACAAUGAAGCAGACAUUAUCAGAACCGCGUGCCUUGACAGCGGCAAGACCAGGGUUGAUGCCUUGUUCGGAGAGAUUCUUGUCACCGCAGAGAAGAUCAGGUGGAUGCUUGACCAUGGCGAAAAGUCCCUCUCGGCCGACGGGCGUUCUACCAACCUGUUGAUGUUCUAUAAGAAGAAUGAGAUUCGCUACGAGCCUCUGGGAGUUGUUGCCGCAUGUGUGAGCUGGAACUACCCGUUUCAUAAUUUCCUUGGUCCAGUGAUAUCGUCCAUCUUCGCUGGCAAUGCCAUCGUUGUCAAAACCAGCGAGCAGACUGCCUGGUCGUCCGUAUACUUCGCCAACAUCGUUCGGGGUGCAUUGUCAGCCUGUGGUUUUGAUCCAGACGUCGUCCAGGGCUUUGCGUGCUGGCCAGAGACAGCGGAGCACUUUACUUCGCAUCCAGGACUCAGCCAUCUGACAUUCAUCGGGAGCAGACCAGUGGCCCACGCUGUCGCGAAGAGUGCAUCCAAGGCGCUGACGCCUCUGUGUGUAGAGCUCGGUGGAAAGGAUGCUGCCAUAGUCCUGGACGAUACCAAGCAGCGAUGUAUGUCGAGCGGGGAGAUGGAAAGAGUAUGCAGUAUUUUGAUGAGGGGUGUGUUUCAAUCGUCGGGACAGAACUGUGUUGGUACAGAGCGCAUCAUUGCUCAGCCAAAGUCGUACGAGAGACUCAUCGAAAUGCUGGAGCCUCGUAUCAAGGGACUUCGACUGGGGAACGACCUUGACCCUGAGACAACCGUUGACUGCGGUGCCCUAAUCAGUCCCACGUCCUUUGACCGUCUGGAGCAUUUGAUUGCGGAGGCAACGGCAAGUGGCGCGCGGCUCCUCGUGGGUGGACAUCGGUUCACGCACGAGCAUUACCCACAGGGUCAUUACUUCACUCCCACUCUCAUUGUGGAUGUGACGUCUGACAUGAGGAUAGCUCAGGAAGAGCUCUUCGCACCCGUUUGUGUAUUGAUGCGGGCGGAAAGUGUUGACGAGACUAUUGAAAUUGCCAACAGCACGGCAUAUGGCUUGGGAGCGAGUGUUUAUGGACCCACUUCCACAUCACGGGCCCGAGAUGCACUGAAUCAUGUUGCAAACGGCUUGAAGGUGGGGAUGGUCGCUGAGAAUGAUCUUGCAGCGUACUAUGUCUGCCAGCUGCCAUUCGGUGGUGUCAGGGGAUCGGGCUACGGUCGUUUCGCUGGGCAAGAAGGCCUGCGUAGUGUGUGUAAUGCGAAGUCGAUAUGCGUGGACAGAUGGCCCUCACUCAUCAAGACGUCCAUCCCGGCUAACCUUGAUUACCCAAUGCGGGAGGGUGCGUGGAGAGCCGCAGUGGGUGUUGUCUUUCUCGGCUAUGGAGAAAACAUGCCGCGAAGGUGGCAAGGGAUCCGUCGACUUGUGGGUUUCUGA